AUGAGCUGUUCACCGCUGCCUCCCCUUCCUCCUGCUCCUCUCCUCCUCCCCCUCCUCGCCACCCCCCCGACCCUCGCCCACCCGGCGACCGGUGGCCCAGCCGUGCUGCUGCGCGCCUCGGAGGCUUCCCAGUUCCUGCGGCAGAGGCAGCGGCGAGCCUACCAGAUCUUCGAGGAGACCAAGCAAGGGCACCUGGAGAGGGAGUGCGUGGAGGAGCACUGCAGCAAGGAGGAGGCCCGGGAGGUCUUUGAGAACGACCCCGAGACGGAGUAUUUUUACCCGAAAUACUUGGCUUGUAUUCAGAAAUAUGGGUCACCGUAUACAAGGAGUCCAGAUUUCCUUACAUGCGUUCAUAAUUUACCAAACCAGUGCUCUCCUGAUCCUUGUCACAAAGAAGGGACCGUCAAAUGUGAAGAUCUCAAGGGGGACUUCUAUUGUGAAUGCAAGCAUGGCUGGCAGGGGAAAACGUGCGAAAAAGAUAUUGAUGAGUGCAGAGUGGAGAAUGGUGGCUGUAACCAGCUCUGCCUCAACAAGCUAGGCAGCUACCGUUGCUCCUGCUACAGCGGUUUCACUCUUAAAGACAGCAAAACAUGUGAAGACAUAGAUGAAUGCACAGCAUCAACAGACAUCUGUGGAGAAGCUCACUGUAAAAAUUUAAUAAGCUCAUACGAGUGUGUUUGUGAUGCAGGCUACAAGUACGACAACGUGAGAAAGACAUGUCAGGAUAUAAAUGAAUGUGAAGAAAAGCUCUGUGAACAGACCUGUGUCAACUCGCCAGGGAGUUAUACCUGUCACUGCGAUGGCAGAGGGGGAGUGAAACUUUCCCGGGACAUGAAUACAUGUGAGAACAUAAUACCAUGUGUGCCUUUUGCUGUUGGAAAAAGUAUUAAGUCCCUGUACCUGGGGAGGAUGUUCAGCGGCAUUCCUGUUAUCAGACUGCGCUUCAAAAGGAAACAACUGACGAGACUUGUGGCUGAGUUCGACUUUAGAACCUUUGAUCCUGAAGGUAUCCUUUUCUUUGCUGGAGGCCAUCAAGACAGCACAUGGGUAGUCUUGGCUUUGCGCAAAGGACGGCUAGAGCUGCAGCUGAAAUACAACGGGAUUGGCCGCGUGACCAGCAGCGGACCCCUCAUCAACCACGGCAUGUGGCAAACGAUCUCUGUUGAAGAACUUGAAAGAAGUUUGAUUAUAAAGGUCAACAGGGAUGCAGUUAUGAAAAUAGCUGUCUCGGGGGAUCUCUUUACUCUAGAAAAAGGACUGUAUCAGCUGAAUUUGACAGUAGGAGGCAUUCCAUUCAAAACGAAGAACCUUAUUCUACCGAUAAAUCCUCGGCUGGAUGGCUGCAUGCGGGCAUGGAACUGGCUGAAUGGGGAGGACACCACUAUCCAAGAGACCAUAAAGAUGAAUGAAAGGAUGCAGUGCUUUUCUGUAGCAGGACGAGGGUCUUUCUAUCCUGGACGAGGUUUUGCUGUGUUUAAUCUUACUUAUGUGCAACCUUCAUCUGGAAAUGAAACCCAGACAACCUGGGAAAUAGAAGUAAAUGCUGCAAUUCAACCAGCAACAGAUACUGGUGUGCUGUUCGCUCUAGUUACAGAAGAAGCAUCCGUCCCUUUGUCUCUCUCUCUGAUUGAUUAUCACUCCACAAAAAAACUGAAACAACAGUUUAUCAUCGUGGCUUUGGAGAACACAGUUGUGUCCAGACUGGCAAUAAAUCUCUGUGAUAAGAAGGAACACUCUGUGGACAUCCUCCUCAAGAAGGAUCACUUAUCCCUGAGGGUAGAUGGGAUAGCUGGAGAGGAUGAACUAAGCACCUCUGAGUUAGAAGACAGUCUGUCCAUCUUGGAGAGCUCUUUGGUGAAGUCAACGGUGAAGACAUACGUGGGAGGAUUGCCAGAUGUUCCUGUGACUUCCACUCCGGUCACCGCCUCCUACCAUGGCUGCAUGACCAUCAAGCUGAGCAACAAGGCACUGGACUUAGACGAGGCUCUCUACAAGCACAGUGACAUCACCUCACAUUCCUGUCCUCCAGUCGAGGCGGGUCAGUAGGUACCACUGCAAUGCGAAAGUUUUGUAUUCAGAAACUUUCAAUGCUUUUCUUUUUUUUUUUUUUUUUUUUUUU